CACGGGGUAUUCAUAUCUUCAUAGUUCCCAUCUCCACUCCUGUUGGACAAAAACGACACGCAGAUUCAGGUAUGUUUUUGACACAAUGAUGAGCUCAAAAUCACUAUUACUAACGGUUGAUGUCAUUCACCUUUUUCUAAUUAUAGAACCCGUUGACACAGGACCAAAGCGACUAAAAAUUGUUCCGUUUCAGGAUGUAUUCGAAAAACUUAAAGAGAAUAUCCUUAUUAAAGAACCCCGGAACUUUAUCCUGAUUCAGAGCAAUAUGUCGCUGGACGUUUCUACAAAAGUAAAAUACCAAUUAGUGGUAAAGACUUUAUAGAUAUGCGUCUAGAUAAUGAGUGUACUACUGACAGCGGCAAGUAUCUUCUCGGAAAAUUGAGAAAUGCACGCGAAGGUUUCUAU